AUGCCUGCGCCGCUGCACUCGCCCGCGCACACCAGGUCGCUGCACCUCCUGCGCGCCCUCCUGCGCGAGGCGACCUAUCUGCCCGACGCGACCGCCCGCACCUACUUCCGCCGCUAUGUUGUCGCCCGCUUCAAGGCCUACCAGCCGCGGCCCAACGCGACGGCAUCCUUUGACGUCGCCGCCGUCGACAAGUACCGCCUCCGCGCCUUCAAGCGCCGCCACGCAGGCAUCAUCAAGGCGCGCCUCGGUCAGCAGCAGCGCAAGGCGCACAAGGGGCUGAACUUCCUGCGCCGCGCAAACCAGGGCGAGGCCCAGUGCCUGCAGAAGGCGCUGUGGUUCGCCUACGGACGUCUGGGCCGCCGCAAGCAUGCGCUGCUCGACGACCUGCUCAAGCCAGACCCUGCCUGGCCUGCGGGCCCCGCCCCGCUGCAGCAGCUCUACCGCAGCGAGCUGAAGUGCCUGCAGUACUUUGAAGCCCCGCAGGUCCGCGCCGGCUCCCAUGCCAUCUACAUCUCCCAGCAGUACCCACGGCUGCGCGCCCUCGUCACCUCCCAGUCCAAGCAGGCUACCGACAAGAAACGCGCAGUGAAGAGCCCGUUCCUCACCACCCCCGUGCUGAACACCUGGCAGCGGCCUGUGCCCAUUAAGCGCGCCAUCAACAACGUGCGCCGCUGGUACGCCGACACCAUGACCGCACUCCUGCCCGCUCUUCCCACCGAAGAAUGGAAUCGUCUCGAAGCCAUGAGCAAUGGACAGCAGCGCAUCGGCUUCGUGAGACCGCGCACGCCGGCGGCGGGCGUUCCCUCUCAGCCAGGCGCCGACGAUAGCAGCCUUGAGCGGAUGGUGCACCACAGUCUCGCGCUGGACAAGCUCAGCAAAGCAGACAGGCCGCAGGGCAUCAAUCGGCCGCACAACCUCACUGUCAGAUUCAUGCAGCGUCUGUACGCCAAGCUGCUCACACUGACCCCCAAGCUCGAGUACAACGAGACGCGCCAGCAGUGGAGAGCAGUCUGGGGCCAGCACUUCAAGGCCGUGCAGCCCCGCAGCUACACUGCGCCCGUCGACGACGCCCUGUUUGCCGGCGUCGACGCCAAAGGCAUCGCACCAAAGGCUCCAAAGAAGAAGGAAUUCGUCCCGGGGGCUGCGCUGCCGCGCAACGACAACGGCAAGCCCAUGACGUUUCCAUUCUACGCAGAGUGGCUUCCCAAGACCCACCCCGUGCGCUUGGAGUUGGACAAGUGGAAGGCGGAGCGCGACGCUGCUCGCGCCAAGUGGGUCGCCGCGGGCGGUGACGCAUGA